UAUGCCAUUUAGAGGUGUCUGUGAGAAACCAUUACGUUAACUGAAAAUUUUAUGUCCAAUAUUUGCAGACGGUUUGUUUUGCGCCUAUCGAUAGAUUGUGAGCACAUUUAUCUGCGUGACACAGCAGGCAGCUAGACGUAUGUGUCAAACAGCUGUGCGGCCAAGUCACAAAUGGAAGCACAAAUUAAAUAACAAUAACAAUUACAUUUUGAUACAGUCACAGAAAUUAAUGGCGCUGCGCAGCAUCAACAAACUGAAUGUCUUCGUGAAACGAUGCGCGCCCACGUUGCUCUACUGCCGUCACAAAUCCGCACCCAGUGCACUCAAUACUAACUCAGCGAGCAGUCCCACUAGCACAAACUCCAGCAGAAAUAAUAACAACAACAAAAACGAGGACGACAAUAGAAACAACAAAAAUGGAUUCAGUGGCUACAGUUGGCGCAGCGCCAUUCGUUUCUUUGUGCCAUUCUCGCUCGGUGCACUGGCAAGCACCAUGGUGGCACAGCGCGAGGAGUUGACGCCGACGAUCUCGGCGCGCACACUGAACGGUCGCCGACGUGAAUUCAAUUUCAUUGCGGACGUUGUCGCUGGGUGCGCCGACUCUGUCGUGUACAUCGAGAUCAAGGACACGCGGCACUUUGACUACUUCAGCGGGCAGCCCAUCACGGCAUCGAACGGUUCCGGCUUCGUCAUCGAACAGAAUGGCCUCAUACUGACCAAUGCUCAUGUGGUGAUUAACAAGCCCAACACGAUGGUGCAGGUGCGUCUAUCCGACGGACGCACAUUUCCCGCCACCAUCGAGGAUGUGGACCAGACAUCCGAUUUGGCAACGUUGCGUAUCCAGGUGAACAACCUCUCCGUAAUGAAGCUGGGCAAGAGCAGCACGUUGCGUUCCGGCGAAUGGGUCGUGGCCCUGGGCAGCCCGCUGGCGUUGAGCAACACAGUGACGGCCGGCGUCAUCAGCUCCACACAGCGCGCUUCGCAGGAGCUGGGCCUGCGCAAUCGCGACAUUAAUUACCUGCAAACGGACGCGGCCAUUACCUUUGGCAAUUCGGGCGGUCCGCUGGUCAAUCUGGACGGCGAGGCCAUUGGGGUCAACUCCAUGAAGGUGACCGCCGGCAUCAGUUUCGCCAUACCCAUAGACUAUGUGAAAGUGUUUCUGGAGCGCGCCGCAGCGCGUCGGAAAAAGGGCUCCGCUUACAAGACGGGCUAUCCAGUCAAACGGUAUAUGGGCAUCACCAUGCUCACCCUCACCCCCGACAUACUCUUUGAGCUCAAGUCACGAACGCAGAACAUGCCGAACACCUUGUCGCACGGCGUCCUCGUGUGGAAGGUAAUUGUGGGCUCACCAGCGCAUAGCGGAGGUCUCCAACCGGGUGACAUUGUGACGCACAUCAACAAGAAGGAAAUUAAGAAUUCUUCUGAUGUUUACGAUGCGCUCGCAGACGGUAAAAAGGAGUUAGAUAUUGUCAUAUUGCGGGGCGUUAAGCAAAUGCGCGUAACCAUAACGCCAGAGGAUCCUUGAUACCAGUCUAAUCCAGAUACAAACUUUAGUCUUUUAAACGCUCUACAAUUUGGUGAAUUGGCUAUUGCAUAAAUUUGUAUGUUUUGUGCAUUGCUAUAGAAAAACGGAACUGCCAGUCCAGUCUAAAGCAAAUGCAGGUCGCGUUCACGUAGCACUCAGCUAGUUGUCAUGCUGCGCAGUAAACUCAAUACAAAUUAUAUCAAAUUA